CCGACCACACCUCGGUAGGCACUCCCAGAUAAAACUCCCCCCUCCGGGUAACCGUCACCGGCGACUGUCACUGGUGGAGGCGCAGGCGCGGCCUGGUCGCCUGGCCCUGGGCAUAGGGGCUGCAGCGGAGCCAUGCCCAGGUACACGGUGCACGUGCGCGGAGAAUGGCUGGCCGUGCCCUGCCGGGACGCGCAGCUCACCGUGGGCUGGCUGGGCCGGGAGGCCGUGCGGCGCUACAUCAAGAACAAGCCAGACAACGGUGGCUUCGCCUCGGUGGAUGACGUGCGCUUCCUCGUGCGCCGGUGCAAGGGCCUGGGCCUGCUGGACAACGAGGACCCGCUCGAGGUGGCCCUGGAAGACAAUGAGUUCGUAGAAGUGGUUAUAGAAGGGGAUGUCAUGUCUCCCGACUUCAUUCCAUCACAGCCAGAAGGAGUAUACCUAUACAGCAAAUACCGGGAACCCGAAAAGUACAUCGCCUUAGAUGGGGACAGUCUAACCACAGAGGAUCUGGUCAGCUUGGGAAAGGGACACUACAAGAUAAAGCUCACCCCAACUGCUGAAAAGAAGGUGCAAAAAUCCAGGGAAGUCAUAGAUAGCAUCGUGAAAGAAAAAACUGUGGUUUAUGGCAUUACUACAGGUUUUGGGAAAUUUGCCAGAACUGUAAUUCCUAUCAAUAAACUAGAGGAGCUCCAGGUCAACCUAGUACGUUCACAUUCUUCAGGUGUUGGGAAACCACUAAUCCCUGAGAGAUGUCGGAUGCUCUUGGCUUUAAGGAUCAAUGUCUUAGCCAAAGGCUACAGUGGCGUUUCCCUGGAGACCCUCAAACAAGUUAUUGAAGUGUUUAAUGCCUCCUGCCUGCCCUAUGUUCCAGAGAAAGGAACCGUUGGUGCCAGUGGAGAUCUUGCUCCACUCUCUCAUCUUGCUCUUGGGCUGAUUGGAGAAGGGAAGAUGUGGUCUCCAAAGAGUGGCUGGGCUGAUGCUAAAUACGUCCUGGAAGCCCAUGGAUUAAAACCAGUUGUUUUGAAACCAAAAGAGGGUCUGGCGCUCAUCAAUGGAACGCAGAUGAUCACCUCCCUGGGCUGUGAAGCUGUUGAGAGAGCCAGCGCUAUUGCACGGCAAGCUGACAUAGUGGCAGCCUUAACCCUUGAGGUGCUGAAGGGCACCACCAGAGCCUUCGACACUGACAUUCAUGCUGUUCGCCCUCAUCGUGGGCAAAUUGAAGUUGCUUUCCGGUUUCGGUCACUCUUGGACUCGGAUCACCACCCAUCUGAAAUAGCAGAGAGUCACAGGUUCUGUGAUCGUGUUCAGGACGCAUAUACCUUGCGCUGCUGUCCACAGGUCCAUGGUGUGGUGAAUGACACAAUAGCGUUUGUGAAGGACAUCAUUACCACAGAAAUAAACAGUGCCACAGACAAUCCUAUGGUAUUUGCCAGUAGGGGAGAGACUAUUUCUGGAGGAAACUUCCAUGGUGAAUACCCAGCCAAAGCCCUGGACUAUUUGGCCAUUGGAGUCCAUGAACUUGCCGCAAUUAGCGAAAGAAGAAUCGAAAGGCUCUGCAACCCCUCCCUCAGCGAGCUGCCUGCCUUCCUGGUAGCUGAAGGAGGCUUGAACUCUGGAUUCAUGAUCGCCCACUGCACAGCUGCAGCCCUCGUUUCUGAGAACAAGGCUCUGUGCCACCCCUCGUCUGUGGACUCCCUCUCCACCAGCGCUGCCACGGAGGACCACGUCUCCAUGGGAGGAUGGGCAGCAAGGAAGGCCCUCAGGGUCAUCGAGCACGUGGAGCAAGUGCUGGCCAUCGAGCUUCUUGCAGCCUGCCAGGGCAUAGAGUUCCUUCGUCCCCUGAGAACAACCACUCCACUGGAGAAAGUCUACGACCUGGUGCGCUCUGUUGUCAGGCCCUGGAUAAAAGAUCGCUUCAUAGCCCCAGACAUCGAGGCAACGCACAGGCUGCUCGUAGAGCAGAAGGUUUGGGAAGUAGCUGUACCAUACAUUGAAAAAUACAGGAUGGAGCAUAUUCCAGAAUCAAGACCUGUUUCUCCAACGGCCUUUUCACUGGAAUCUCUACACAAGAACUCCUUCAAAAUCCCAGAGUCUGAGGACCUUUAAUGGGCUUUGUCAUGGAUUAGCAGAUCAGAUGGUACUCAGUUUCACAGAAAGCAGUAAAAUGCUCAAGGGGAGACCUGAGAACUUUCCUAGGUAGAUCAAUCCAUUGUAUAAUUCGGUUCUUCUAAGACCUACUUUGGUUAGGCUGGUGACAGUAAAUCUAGCACUGUGUUCUCGUUGACCUGGUUCAAGAUGCAUCAGGUGUUUUCAGAUUAUAGAGUUUUCUUUCUUUCUUAAUGAUCAACAGGCCACUCUUAUGCGUGAGAAGAGCAACUAUAAUUGCAUGAGUCUGUCUUUUACUCUUAGCAUUAGAUUAACUCAAAUCUGAAAACAGAUUGGUAACAUUCUUUUCUAAAAAUGAGACUUUUGUGAUUUGGGGUUUUUUUUUUUUUUGCUUUGACAAGCUCUCCACUAGUUAACUUCAGCUGACUGUACUAUGCCAUGAUAGGACAAAUGUUCCUUAAUAUGCCUUCAUAAAUAACCCUGUUUUAAUCAUAAUUUGUCCUUAAGCUGCUCGCUCUUCUAUAAAUUGAAUCAUAGUAAAGAAUAGUCAAGAGGUCAACAAGAGGUUGUGUGUAAAGGAGUUAAGGAAUGAAUAUAAGAUUGCUAUUGGAGUGGCCCUUAUUGAGAUGUGCAUUUUAUGUUUGUCAAAUAUCACCACAUGUAUUGAACAAAAGGACUCAUGUGCUUAAGCUGGAGUUGGAGGUUGGUAUUAUCACCUCCUUACUAGGUGUUCGCACACUCUAUGCACAUUCUUAUAAUAGUCCUGUGUUGAGAAGCCCCCUGGUUUCCCAGAUAAGGCAUCUGAUGUUCAGAAGUUAACCAAUCCCCCCUCUGUAACAGUAAUCAUUAAAAUGAGGCCCUAUUGACAAAGGUCAGAUAGGGCCCUAGGAUGUGUUACCCAAUCUGUUUUUCCCCCGAAAAGAAGAUAAAGGACCUUCUGGGAAGGCUUAAGUGUAAUUGUCUGGAUGAAGGAUAGGUCAGAUGACCUCUUGGCCUCCCAAGGCUAAGAUCUGUGACUUUGUACCCAUCUGUGCAAACGUGUGCAAGGCACUCCAAGUGCAGGAGCCUGAAACCAUGACCUGCAGCUGGUCAAGGAAAGGACAGACACACUUGCCAGCUUGCCUACCUGAUUACAGCCUAAAAUGGGUCCAAUGGCAUAUUUCACAAUAGAGUUUUCACUCUUUAGAUUGUAACCUGUUCCCAGGAAAGGUGGAGACAGAAGUGACAACUGCAACCCACAGCAAUUCUGGGAACAAAAAAGGUGCUGGGGAACCUGUUUCCCAGAAGGGUGUUCUCAAAGCUGUUCUUUGCUAAAAUGUAAACACACAUGAAUGAAGUUUGUUCCUUCUUAUCCACAAGUAAACCCUGUGUUGUAGUGGCUGCUUUUCACUCCAGUGUUGGGGAUGCUGCAUUUCUGCAGGCCCCCAUGGUCCUCUGGGUCAUUGAGUUUUCUGUACAGCUCUCUUAGUAACUGAUAUUGCAUGCCUUCAAGAGAAUUUCAAGGUAAAUAUGGAAUAAACUAAGUCUCAA